CGAUAUACAUUUCCUUGAUGAUUUAAGCUCAAGCAGUUUCGCCUCUGUAGACAUGAGAGGAAACAACAUCACACAUUUUGCAGAUUCCAGCGACAUCAAAGUGUAUCAAGGUAAUGGAAAUUCGAACUAUGCAAACAUACCUAUCAACAUCUCUGGAAAUCAUUUUGAAGAUUCCUAUAGUAGGUAUGCAUUGUAUCUAUAUGCUGAUGGAGUUGAUGUCGCCAACAACGUCUUCAGAAACAGUUCACGUGUGGGUUCUUUGAAAUUAACGGGAUCAAACAGCCGAAUAUACAGAAAUGUAUUCGAAAAUCCAAACUCGACAUACGUCCUGAUUACGUACGGACUUUAUAAUGAUCAGACUUCUGUUGAUGCGAGCCGAAACUACUGGGGGUAUCACAGAUCAACGGGGAAUCCGUUCACGGAUAUAUGACUUGUAUCAUAACAUCAGCAGAGCUGAGAUACAGAUUGACCCAUACUUCACAUCCAAGUCCAUGGACAUGACUUCAAGUGGGACCACCAUGUUCACUGAUGCUGAGCCCUCUGACGUUGGAGGAGUGUUACAGGAAGAUGCCCUUGUUCGCCCAGAUCAGAGACUGAUGGUGAAGAGAACUAUUGUAGUACCUGAAGGACAGACGUUUACCAUCAUGCCAAAUGUCACUCUUACCUUCCAUGGAGCCCAGGGAAUCAUUGUUAAAGGUACACUGAAAAUUAAUGGAUCAGCAACUUCACCUGCAAUUUUACAAAAUGGCACCAACAACAGAUGGGGAGGCUUGAUUCUUACGAACAGCAGUCUGGAAGUUACCCAUGGUGUCUUGAAAGCAGCAAGGACAAUUGAAAACCUCCGCAAGGCAAAAUGUUCCUCCAAGCUGGUGUUGUCUCUGCUCCAUAGCUAUGUCGAAGUAGAUUCGCUUAAACUGGGAUCUCACUACUUCAAUGUAACAAUAUCAGAAUCUCAGCUGAUAACCCCGAAUAAUGAUAUAAGCCUGUCUACGUGUUCAGGGACAUUAACAAGCAAUGACACUGGAAAUAUUAUGUUAGAGAACUCUAAUGUCACCUCAAGGGCAGUAACAAUCACCACGAAAGGUGAUGGUGCUCUACAUGCGUUCACAGCAAGCGGGUCCGUUUUCAAUACAGGCGGUGUUUUAUGUGACUCAACCCACUCAUUGACGACUGUAAUGUUUCUGAACAAUACACUUAAUGUGUAUGAGGGACGCGUAUUCAGGGUAAAAGGUCAAUAUUUAGAUGCUGAAAUUGCAAAUAAUUCAUUUUUGGCUUCGUCGGGAACUGCUGACGUAGAUCUUAGCGGCGAUGCUGACAACAGGGUUAUAAUUAGGGAAAACAAUUUUAAAGUUGGAAAUAUGGAAAUUAAAUCACAACAAUCUCUCGAUGAGAAAAUAAAUGCAACCAUGAAUACCUUCAAUUCUUGUCUGCUUACACUGAAGACCCCAGCAAUGAUUUCAGGGAUACCAUUAUCAACGCUAGUUACAACUAUUGGGGGAAAGACACAUUUUCAGAUAUAG